UGCCAAAUACUAAGCAUGUUGCAGAAUCCUUCCAAAUAUCACGCAAAUCCCUUGUCACACUUUCUGGCAUUGCAUAACACACAAGCCAACAGUGUUGCACAAGCCCAAGCACACGCACACGCACAAGCACAAGCACAAGGACACGGGCAUGGACAUGGACAUGGACAGUUGCAACCGCAUCAUGCACUGCCUUCGGCGGCGCUGGCUGCUGCAGCGGCGGCAGCUGCAGUGACAGCGGCGGGUCAAAGUUCGUAUCAAAUGGAGCUGCACUCAAACCAACAGCAACAGCAGCAGCAGCAGCAACUUCCUAUUGGCCUCCCAACACCCACACAGACACAGGCGGACACACACAACCAGCAGAGGGAGCAGCAGCAGCAGCAGCUGGCGACUGCGACGUCGCACGCGCAGCUCAUUGAAGCGGCCGCGGCGCAUACCUCCCUCGAUGUGGGCAAGUCGUUUACAAUAGCCGCCAUUUUGGGUCUGCAACAGCAGAGCAAGGACUAUAAUAAUGCCAUUAAUCUGUCGCUCAAUGGCGCCGCCUCAGCGGGGGCUGGUGCGGAUGUUCUCGACCAGGAUAACAAUAACAGCAAGUUCUACAACAACAACAACAACAUCAACAAUGCCAACAACAACAACAACAACAGCUACGGCACUAGCAGCAACAACAACAACAACAGCCAAAGUGUAAAUAACUUUAAUUGUGAUAGCAGCGGCAGUCGCUACCUGGCCACAGUGCAACAUCCGCAUCCGCAUCCUCAUUCGCAUUCCCACUCGCAACAGCGUGCUAAUUUUGCUGCUGCCGCUGUCGUCGCCGCCGCCGUCAGUGGCGCACCCUCCGCAUUGCAGAGCCUUCAACAGCUCCACCAACAUCACGCUCAGCAGGCAUCGCUCAGUUUCCAACGGGACAAACUCAAAUCGGACUCCCAGAAGAAGAGCGCGCUGAAGAAUAAACGAGUGCGAACAAUUUUUACACCGGAGCAGCUGGAAUGCCUGGAGGCGGAAUUCGAGCGCCAACAGUACAUGGUCGGUCCGGAGCGCCUUUAUCUGGCACACACGCUCAAGCUGACGGAGGCUCAGGUGAAAGUCUGGUUUCAAAAUCGUCGCAUUAAAUGGCGCAAACAUCACCUGGAGCUCACACAACAGCGUCUGGCGCUAAUUCGUCAAACGCAAUUGCCCGGCGGAGCAGUAGCAACAGCAGCGACUACAUCAGCAGCCAACGCCGCGGAGCUGCCAUUGAACGCCGGCUGCAGCACAGCCUCGCCUAGCCUGCUGGAGGAGGACAACGACAACGAGGACAGCAAACAAUCGCUUUCACUGCCGUUACGUCCAUUGAGCCGGGCGGCAUCCGAAUCUGAUUUAUCCAUAUGCAAUGAUUCCCUAGAUCUGGACGGCGAUAGUCUUAUGGAUGGCAGUGAGGAGGCAUAAACAAUCUGUGCGCAGCCUCAAUUGUAAAUAUAGCGAAAUAAAUAUGUACAAUAUGCAA